CAAAGAAGAAGAAGAAGAAGAAGAAGAAGAAGAAGAUAAUUAUAUCUGUUUUCUUCACGAGUCCAGCUGUCAAAAGGCACAGCGGUUCUCUCCAGCAUGGGGUUAGAAGCAUGGUACAUGGACAGCUCUGAUGAAGACCAGAGAAAGCUGCACAGACUGAACCCAAACCAGCCCGUCUCUCUGGAAGAAUUACAAAAGCUUGGAGUGUUUUACUGGAAGCUGGAUGCUGACAUCUAUGAAACAGACCCAGAGCUGGAGAAGAUCCGUAAAGACCAAGGCUACUCCUAUAUGGACAUUAUCUCUAUUCACAAGGACAAGCUGCCUAACUAUGAGGAAAAGCUGAAGAUGUUCUUUGAGGAGCACCUGCACUUAGAUGAUGAGAUCCGCUACAUCCUGGACGGCCAGGCCUACUUUGACGUCAGGAACAAGGAGGAGCGAUGGAUCCGAAUUGCCAUGAGAAAGGGGGACCUGAUCACCCUGCCGGCCGGCAUCUACCACCGCUUCACCCUGGAUGAGACCAACUACACUAAAGCCAUGAGGCUGUUUGUGGGGGAGCCGGUGUGGAAAGCGUACAACCGACCCGCUGAUGACUUUGACAUCCGCCAGAAGUACAUGGCCUCUCUGCAGGGAUCCUGAGAGAUCCCAUAAACUGGACCCCACAUGACCACUGCUUACACUAGAACCAGAGCCUGUACUGUGGUUCUGUAGAGGCUCAGUUAGAAUGUGGAGAAGCACAGUGUGGAUGUUUAAGAGCUGCUGCUGCUGCAGCAGAGCGGUCAGAUUAGAUGCUGUUUAGUGGAGAAUGAAAUGAUGUAGACGACAAUCUCAGAGGUGGAAUUACAGCAAGUACAUUUACCUUUCCAGUUGAACCUGUUUUACACUUCUACAUGUCUGCUAGCAGUUAGAUUACGAUUCUGCAGAUAAAACACAUGAUCGGAUAAUGAAAUCUUAAACUACCGAACAACAUACAGGUUGGUUUGCACCAGCAACUAUCUACAUAUUGAUUAAACUCUAUUUUAAUUUUAGUUUACAUCCAUAAACUUGGAUUUACUAAACGGAGAUUAAUUCUUAAUUGUGCAACAGAGCUCCGCUUAAUUCAAAAUCUGGAUUCAUACAUUUGAACACGGAUUACAACUCCUCUACACUUGAAUUGAUCCUUGUUGCUGCAACCUUAGCAUCAUAUUAAUGUGGGAUAAUAAUGCAAUAACAGCAUAAACUGUACGUAACGUAACACUUUAAAGGGGGCAUUCUGCAGAAGUACUUUACCUUGUAAUGGAGCGUCACUUACUUUGGGUCUGAAUACUUGUUUCACCGCAGGAAAAUCUUUAGUGCCUUGUUGUCUUAAAUCAGUUUUAUUAGGUGUUGGACAUAUACAAUUAAUAUGAAGUAUUUCUAAUUUCAUAUUCAAAUCUCAAAUCUAAAGUUAGAGAUGUAUUGUCUUUGCUAAUGGGGUAUUGUUUCUGACACAUUCGUAUACAUCUUUGUAUGGAAUAAAGCUGCUGCUAUUUUCAAUA